UGAUGUUUGUGCCUCAUGCUCUCAGCUGUACAAUAAUUCUACUGGAAGUGCAGUGACACAGAUGUUAUGUUCUACCACGGGUUGCUCUCAAAUAUUAAUUAACAAUUUUGCAGUAUUCUUGCAUAACAUUUUGGAUUUUUGGACAGUUUGUCCCAAGGAUGACUAUGGUAUUUUUAAGAACUCAGCCUCUGCAUUGUUAGGAUCAGGUUUGAGAACCUAGGUAAGAUAAAAUUGCAGAGCAUCACAAAGAGAAAUUUUUAGAAAUCUCAUGGAACUCUGAAAGCAAAAUGGUAAAUGUGGUUCACUUAAGAAAGGGUAAAGUGGAGGGAAGACUUGCUAUGUUUUUUUCACUAUUGUACGAUUAUCUUCCACCAUGCUAACAGGAAUAAACAGGUUGUUAUUGCUGAGAAUUGAACCUCAGCUACUUAUCUCAAAUUAGAGUUUUAUGCAAAGUUAAAAUUUUGGCAUGUAUACCCCAGACAAGUUCAGCUAUAUUGGAGAGUUUGAGUAGAUGGCAAUAAAAUUUACUCUAGAGCUUAAAGGUGUACAAACCUCAUGCAUGAGGCCCAAAUGCUGCAGCCUGAAGAUCAAAAGGCUCCAGCAGAGCUGUUUUCUUAUAUACAGCUGUUAUUGCACAGAAAUUACUAACCACAGUAUUAUUUUCUGUCUCCUUCUGGUCCUAAAAACCCUGCAGCGAAAAGCCAGUAAGCUUUUGUCAACCACAAUAUUUGUUUUUGUUCCCUUUCCAUCAACAAAUUUCUCUCUUAAGAUCACUUUCCCCAAGACAGUCUUGUACUCAGAGCACUCAUACCAUGUUCUGUACCAUCUUCUAAAACUUAUCCUUUGCAAAAAAAACCCAAAAUUAUGAUUUGACAGAUGUACCCUAGAAGAAUCUGUGUAAUUUUUGAACAUUUUAGGGAGUUAACAAAUCUGACACACAAGGGGAUUAAUGAUACUUGUUACUUCAGCUGUAACAAGCAAGUGAAAAGAUGCUAUGUUGACUGCAAGUCCUAAGAGCAGUGAUUGUUUUGAGACAAAGCAUGUAUGAAAUAGAAUGGCUGGUGCAAUCUUUUAUGCCCUUAUCUUCAGAUAAAUGAUGGAUUAUACUAAAAUUACUUGGAACUUUCAAGUGAAUUGCAGCUAUGGGUAGGAAAAUACCAUGCUGCAAAUGGCACGCUGUUAGUAUUUUGUAUUGCACCAUCAUCUGAAAGAACUACAAAUUUUGGUCUGUCAGGUGUCUCACAAUUUUCAUUCCAUUUGGUUUUUGUUUGAUAGCAAAACUGUCCAGGUAUCUGCUAUAUAACAAUGCUAGCUAGAAUGCUUGGUUACUAUUUGUGGUGUUUAUCUCCUUUUAUUGUAGUUGAGUGGCAUUUCUCUUGUAGGCACAAAAAAUGGGAAAUAGCUGAAGACUACCUCACAGCGGGAAAGUGAGAUCAGAUUGUCAAUGGAUAAGUGAGUGGCAUGAUUGAAAACAAGACAAAAAGCAGGCUACAGCAAAAGGUAACUGGCAACCUCUAAAGAAACAGGAGUGAACUUCGUAUUUUCUCCUUGAAGCUAGGUUACAGCUCAAAAGAUCAAGAUGAUUCCAAAUUACUCUACUGAAGAAACCAUUAAAAGAAUCCAUGUCGACUGUCCCGUUUCAGGAAGGCACAGUUAUAUCUACAUUAUGGUUCCAACUGUUUACAGCAUCAUCUUUAUCAUAGGCAUAUUUGGGAAUAGCCUGGUCGUUAUUGUCAUUUACUGCUACAUGAAAUUAAAAACAGUAGCCAGCAUCUUUCUUCUAAACCUGGCACUGGCUGACUUGUGUUUUCUAAUAACUCUGCCACUCUGGGCAGCCUACACGGCCAUGGAGUACCAGUGGCCUUUUGGCAACUGUUUAUGCAAGUUAGCAUCAGCUGGGAUAAGUUUCAACCUGUAUGCCAGUGUGUUCCUCCUCACAUGCCUUAGUAUUGACCGGUACCUGGCCAUAGUACAUCCAGUGAAGUCCCGAAUUCGACGUACUAUGUUUGUUGCCAGAAUGACUUGCAUUGCCAUUUGGCUUCUUGCUGGUGUGGCCAGUUUGCCCGUCAUCAUUCACCGUAAUAUAUUCUUUGCUGAAAACUUGAAUAUGACAGUCUGCGGUUUUCGGUAUGACAACAAUAACACAACGCUCCGUGUUGGGUUAGGCUUAUCCAAAAAUUUGCUGGGCUUUUUGAUUCCUUUUCUGAUCAUAUUAACAAGCUACACCUUAAUUUGGAAGACCCUGAAGAAGGCAUAUCAAAUUCAAAGAAAUAAGACUAGAAAUGAUGAUAUUUUUAAGAUGAUUGUGGCAAUUGUAUUUUUCUUCUUCUUUUCCUGGAUUCCUCAUCAAGUGUUCACUUUUCUGGAUGUAUUAAUUCAAUUACAUGUAAUAACAGAUUGCAAAAUCACCGAUAUUGUGGAUACGGCUAUGCCCUUCACCAUUUGCAUCGCUUACUUUAACAACUGUUUGAAUCCUUUUUUUUACGUUUUUUUUGGAAAAAACUUUAAAAAAUACUUCCUUCAGCUAAUAAAAUACAUUCCACCAAAUGUCAGCGCACAUCCAAGCCUAACAACAAAAAUGAGCUCCCUCUCAUAUCGGCCACCAGAAAAUAUACGCUUGCACACUAAAAAGACUGCUGGGUCUUUUGACACUGAGUGAUGUGUCCUGCAGUAUGCAGGUUUUGAACAACCUGGUGAACGAAGCAACAAGAAUGACAAAAUUCAUCUGCAGUCCUGAACAUCACAGCUUACUGCUCAUUAUGGAAACAUUAGAUCACCUCAGGGAAAUCAUACUGUAAAGAUUUAGCAGUGGCCUGUUAUUUUACAUUGUGAAGAGGACUGCUGGGUUCUCAUUUUGUUUUUCUUUACUGAAAGCAACAUUAAUGGUGGAAAGUCAUGUCACAGUUUCUGCCAGCAUCCUGCCAUUUACUCAGAACUACAAAGGGUAGAGGAAAUUCCUAACUUAAGUUCAGAGGUCUUUUUUAAAGGAAAAGCUUGGAUAAAUUACAUUAAUUAUGAAGGACCUGUUUUGCACAGAGAUGAGCUGUUCUGAAUUUUGUUCAAGGAGCUGAUGGAGCAACACUGCUUGUUUUGUUCUUUUUUUGUUUUGUUUUUGUUUUUUUUAUGACAUAUGUCAUAUUGUUAUAUUUAUAAUAUAUUUUCAAAUAUAUGCUAUAUAGAGAGGCCAAAUUUUAAACUCAAAAGGAAAUUUAAGGUCCUUGAAAUUAUUCUCAUUCUGAUUUAUGCUACUAUUUUAAAUUUUAAAAUGGCAAUUUUUUCAUAAUAUAUGCAAUAAAAUGCAGAUUUAUUUAUUAAAUAUAGAUGAAAUAUAUUUUUAAACCU